UGAGGCGGGGCUGCCGGCGCCCGGGCGCCGGCGCGGGCGUUCGAACCCGCGCUUGGUGGCGUUACCAUGGGGAUGCGGCCUGGCCGGCGCCUCAAAAACUGAAUUUAUAGACACUUAUUCACAAAAAAUGACAUCCUGGUUGUAUGAAUGUCUUUGUGAAGCUGAACUUGCACAGUAUUAUCCUCAUUUUACUGCCCUUGGCCUUCAAAAAAUAGAUGAAUUAGCCAAGGUUACAAUGAAGGACUACUCCAAAUUGGGAGUACGUGACAUGAACGACCGCAAACGUCUCUUCCAGCUUAUCAAAAUCAUUAAAAUUCUGCAGGAAGAAGAUAAAGCAGUCAGUAGCCCAGAGCAUCCUCUUCAGACAAACAGCCUGUGCAGUAAACCUCGGGAAGCCAGAUCUGGCCCUCGCAGGCAACUGCAUUUUGAUUCUCCUGCUCACAACAAGGACAGAAUUACCAACAACAGUGGGUUUGAGAUGUGCAGUUUAUCAGAUUUUUCUGCUAAUGACCAGAAGUCUAGUUACCUAAAAGUGCUGGAGCACAUGCUGCCGGAUGAUCUCCAAUCCCCUACCAAAACAAGAAUUCUGAGUGCUGCAGCUGCUGGUUCCUAUGUGCAAACAGAAACUAACACUUCACUCUUUUCAUCAAAUCACUUUUCUCCACUACUGGGGGAUUAUGAUAUUCCCAUUAUUCAAAGAGUCUCUUAUGUCUCAGGGUAUAACUAUGGAAUCCCUCAAUCUUGUAUCAGACAGAACACCUCAGAGAAAGAGAAUCCUUGGACUGAGAUGGAGAAAAUCAGAGUUUGUGUUCGAAAACGCCCUUUGGGCAUGAGGGAGGUACGUCGUGGAGAAAUUAAUAUUAUUAUCGUACAAGACAAAGAAACUCUUCUUGUUCAUGAGAAGAAAGAAGCAGUUGACCUUACACAAUAUAUUCUGCAGCAUGUUUUUUAUUUUGAUGAAGUCUUUGGUGAAGCAUGCACCAAUCGGGAUGUAUACAUGAAGACUACUCACCCACUCAUUCAGCAUAUUUUCAAUGGAGGCAAUGCCACUUGCUUCGCAUAUGGACAGACAGGUGCUGGGAAGACCUACACCAUGAUAGGAACUCAUCAGAACCCAGGACUCUAUGCUCUGGCUGCCAAAGAUAUAUUCAGGCAACUAGAAAUAUCCCAGCCAAGAAGGCACCUCUUCGUGUGGAUCAGCUUCUAUGAAAUCUACUGUGGACAACUUUAUGACCUCUUAAAUAGAAGAAAAAGGCUCUUUGCAAGAGAAGAUAGCAAGCACGUGGUACAGAUAGUGGGACUGCAAGAACUUCAGGUGGAUAGUGUGGAGCACCUCUUAGAGGUGAUUCUGAAGGGCAGCAAGGAGCGCAGCACCGGGGCCACUGGAGUUAACACAGACUCCUCCCGCUCCCAUGCUAUCAUCCAAAUUCAGAUCAAAGAUUCAGCAAAGAGGACAUUUGGCAGGAUCUCUUUUAUUGACUUGGCUGGCAGUGAAAGAGCCGCAGACGCCAGAGACUCAGACAGACAGACAAAGAUGGAAGGCGCAGAAAUAAACCAGAGUCUUCUGGCUCUGAAGGAAUGUAUCCGCGCAUUGGAUCAGGAACACACCCACACUCCCUUCAGGCAAAGCAAAUUAACUCAGGUCCUGAGGGAUUCUUUCAUUGGUGAUGCCAAAACCUGCAUGAUUGCCAACAUCUCACCAAGCCAUGUGGCCACCGAACACACUUUGAAUACCUUGCGUUACGCUGACCGGGUCAAAGAACUAAAGAAAGGCGUUAAAUAUUGUGCUUCAGCUACAAGUCGAAAUCAGACCUCUGGAAACUCUUCUCCAAAACGAAUUCAGAGCUCCCCUGUGGCCCUGCCAGGGGACAAGUGUUCUCCCAAAAAGGUCAAGCUGGGGCUUCAGCAGUCAUUCACGGCAGCUCCCAGCUCCACGAGAGGGAAGGCCCAUCCUCUGGCCAGCCACCCACCCAACAUCCCUUUUGCACCUGUACCUAAAGUUCCCGGUAAAAGGCAUGGAUCCAGAGGGAGUCUUCCCCAAGAAUGGGUCAUUCAGACCAGCCCUGUCAAAGGAGCCACGCGGUCUGGACAGUUAGCCAAAAAAAGGGCGGAAGAGUCUGCGUCCUUGUGCUCUGAGAAAAAUCAAAUGGGCAACAAAACUGCCCGCAGGUGGGGAAGCAAGGCGGCUGGCCCUGGAGAAGCCCCAGCAAGUGGAAAGCUGCCCUCCAAGUCCAAGACAGGGCAGCCUGUGCGGCCCGUGCAGCAGCAGCUGAUGUCACGGGCUGAGCUCUCCUCUGGCGGCCGCCGCCACUUAGCAGAACACGGUCAGCACAGCGAGGGGAGCGCACCGGCCAGGCCCGCCUCAGAAACGUGGACAGACAUCCCUCCACAUCAGAAGGAGAGGGAGGAACACUUGCGCUUCUAUCACCAGCAGUUCCAGCAGCCACCUCUCCUCCAGCAGAAGUUCAAGUACCAACCACUGGAAAGGUUCUUAUACCAGUACAGGCCCCUGGAGGGGCAGCUCCAGAAUGAGACCCCUCCCAACUUCUGCUCUUACUCCGAGAGCCAGGAUGGAGCCCAAGCUGAGGACCUUGAUGACAGCGAUUUCAGUGAAGAUUCUUUUUCACACGUCUCCAGUCAGAGGACCACAAAGCAGAGAAACACCCUAGAGAACAGCGAAGGCUCAUUCUUCCUUCAUCAGAGGGAGCAAGGCCCUGAGGAACAGGUGGCUGAAAGGCAGCAGAGUCUGCUUUUUAACCCCAGGACAGAUGGUGCCGAGAAGGGUCUAACUGGAAACUGGACGUGCUCCAGGGACCCCACAAACUACAGAGGAGCAGCACUCAGUCAUGGCCACGGCCCAGGUAAGGUGCCUUUGGACUGGGGCAGAGAAGAGGAUUCUACCUCCUCGGGGCUUUCUCCCAGAGACAAGCCCGCAGAGAAGCCUUACUGCUCCCCGGUAGACGUUGUAUAUGGCCAGAAAAUAGGUGGUAGCCCAGCCUUUGAACUCACACAGAACACUUUCAAAAGUGAGGUUCUUGGGCAGGCAGAGGGUAGUUCAGUCCCCCCGGAGGAAGAUGGUUUCAUUUUCUCACUAUCCCCCGGGGCAGUUCCAGGAUCUCCAGACCAUAGAGAGACAGUCAGCACACCUCUGAGAGAAAUCGGCCAAGACAGCCCAACUCUGGCGACCAGAACAAUGAAAAACAGUUACCCUUACCAAGAAGACUGUAGAGGGGAAUCAGGCACAUGCUCUGAAUACGCUUCUGGACUGAUGGCUCCCCUCACUGUGUCCCUUCUGGAGAAUGCAGAUGAUGAGGGCCCUCUUCCCCUGGAGCGGCCGGCCCAGGAUGGGCUUGCUCACGGUCUGAUGGCAGCAGGGGGCCCAUCUGUGGGCCACACAGCGUCAUCUGGUGAUCAAAAGGCACUGCCAGUGUCUUUGGCAGCUGGGCACUUGUGGCUCUCAUCAUCUCCCCCUGACAAUAAGCCGAGUGGUGAUCUUCCAGUUCUGUCCCCAUCACCCAUCCAUCAGCACCCACCUGAGAAGCUGCCCAUCGAUGAGGCUGACCUAGGGGAGGUCUGCCAGAGCAGAGAGUCUGCACUCUCCUCCCAGGAACAUGUGAGUAGCCAGCAGUAUGAUGCAGAUGCUGAGGAGGCAGAGCUGAGCAGCUCCCACAGUUUCCCAGGAAAGCCCUUCCCCACCAUACAUACUGGAGCACCCCACCCUGCACCUCUAAUCACCCCACGAACAAAAAGUAGUGAUAUGGCUGACCAGCCUUGGGCCCAGGAAAGAAAACAUCCAACAGGACUUGGCUGGCAGGAGCUAAGUUUGCCGAGAGACCCCGUCAAGUUGCCUGGCUACAACAGGGACAUCGUGUGGCUCAAAUACAGGCCAAUCCCAAGGUGCUUAGCAAGACCAGGCUCUCCCCUGGUCCCUGGCUGCUCUCCAAAGACUGCAGGGACACUGCAUCAGCUCACCCUGGGGCCUGCACAGCAGGUGGUCAUCCGAGCACACCAGGAACAGCUGGAUAAAAUGGCAGAACUGGGCUUCAAGGAGGAGACCCUGAUGAGCCAGCUGGCUCUUAAUGAUUUUGAAGAUAUUGUGACCCAGUUGGAUGAAAUCCUGGCUCUGAAAUCCAAGUGCAUCCAGAGUCUGAGGAGCCAGCUUCAGCUGUACCUGGCCUGCCACAGGCCGACCACAGCCCCUGAGAGGACAGUGGUGUCUUAG